CGAGGAAUAGUCAAAGCAUGGGUUUGUGAGCGGCCAACUAAAACGUGCUUUGCGCUUCACUUUCGUUUUUUGGUAACGUUUGUCUAGCCACGAAAACAUAGAACUUCCGUCAAAUUAAGUCAGCUACUCUUGCACAGAGACACACUAGGUUAGUUGUCGUUGCCAUACUAUUACUUACCUUCAAUGUUUACGCCUGCUCAAUGCAGUGCUAUAUAGGACCUAACAGUAUCACAUUAUUGCGUUUUUUUAACUUAAACUAAUAUAUGAUGACACAAGCUGUCAUUGACUUUUGUCGGAAACACAGACUCGACAAGAAAAUGAAACAAAAGUAGGUAAAAACAAGAUAGCUGUCACAUAGCAAACUGGUAGCCGAUUUUGCUCGAUAGCAUUAGCAGUCUUAGCUGUGUAGUUUGAGUGACUUACGUUUGGUCUUCACGUAUAUGCUAUGUGGCUUUACCAUCCGAGUAGUUAGACAUUGUGUGUUCGAACAACCGCGGGGGGUUAUCUGGCAAUUGUCCUGACUAAUAUACUUGAAGGGCUACUGCUAAUGUAGCUUCAAACUGCCGCGUAAGGCUAGCUCGUUGUUGCUAGCCGCACAAGUGACAAGAAGCUAUCAGCACAGACAAUGGCCGCACCAUCAAACGAGGCACUGUUCUUAAUUAAAGACGUAAAGCCCGGAUCGAAAAACCUUAAUAUUGUAUUCAUCGUUUUGGAAAUAGGACGAGUCACCAAAACAAAAGAUGGCCAUGAAGUACGAUCUUGCAAGGUGGCAGACAAGAGUGGGAGCAUUGCUAUCUCAGUUUGGGAUGAACUGGGUAGUCUUAUUCAACCAGGAGACAUUAUCAAGCUCACAAGAGGAUAUGCCUCCAUAUGGAAAGGAUGCCUGACACUUUACACUGGAAGAGGUGGUGAUCUGCAGAAGAUUGGAGAGUUUUGCAUGGUGUAUUCAGAAGUGCCCAAUUUUAGUGAGCCAAAUCCAGAGCUGCUUGCCCAAGCAAAUCAGCAAAAUAAAUCGGGUAAACCUGACCAGAAUCAGAGGGGAAACUCUCCGCCAAAUCAGAAUUCAGGUACAACUACUGCGCCAGGUAAUGGAUCCAUGCCACAGUUUUCUCCCACUAAUAGCGGCGGCGGUUCAGCACCCGGAGCAGCUCGUGACUCUGCUUUUGGGAGCGUUGGGCGAGCAAAUGGUCGGUCACCUGGCAAUGGUGCUCCUCCAGCUUCCAUCGCGGGACCUCAAGCUGCAGCAAAGUCUUCAGUUACUAUUAGUAAUGGCAGAGACCCACGUCGUGCCAAAAGAUGAAAAGCGUAAAGGGGGGUAAUAGAUUUUGAGAAUCCUCCUACAUCUUGUUAUUCACCUUCUUUCAACCCAAUAUUGGCGGUUGUGGUCAGUUUAGAGUAGCUGCAUCAUUCUUUAAUGCAGAUGAAAUGUACACAGAUGUGUCCUUGAUCACUUGGAACGCUGUAGUUGUUCUGUUUCAGUCCUCGGCCCCCUCAAUGUCAGUUCUGUGCCAUUGUUACCUCUUCCAUAGAAUAGCUUAACCCUUGUUCCUGUGCAGCUUGGUGGUAUAAUACGGCCUACUUGAACACACUGUGCACUUUCUUGUCAUUCAUGAAACACGGGGCUGUCAUAUUAAUCUGGAUAUUUCUGCUUUUCAGUGGAAAAAGGCCUUAAGUUUGUGAAAAUUACAGUGUAGACUGAUUGCAUAAGGAACAUUUUUUUUCUUCUCCCAAAAACCAAAUCUGAAGUGACUGUGACUAGGAUGGUGGGAGUAUUUUUGCAUAAGGCAGGUUGAUUAAGCAAGAGCAUUUUUUUGUCGUUUGUAUUUUAGCAUGUCAUGCCAUGAUUGUACCUUCAUCAAAGUGGGACCACUUCAACGUUGGCGAAACAGUUCAGCAAAUAAAUUUGACAACGGUUGUACCACA